AUGGCCAAUGUACUCAAUGUAAAGCAGAUUGACAGCCAAGGAGCAUCAGUUGGAUUAUAUAUCGCCUUGGUUGCUGCAGGGACAGUUUAUAACAUUAUGGGCUUGAGAUUCAGUGCUUAUUUGAAUAUGUUCAUGGUUGUUUGGGUGUUUAUUGGUACAUUGGUCAUUAUUAUUGCUGUGCCCAUCAUGGCACCUACUCAUAAUUCAGCCAAGUGGGUUUUCACAGAAUUCAUGAACACUACAGGUUAUGAAAAUAACGGUAUGGUGUUUCUAAUCGGUCUAUUGAGUGCAGGCUGGGCGCUUAUUGGGUACGAAACAGGCGCUCAAAUUGUGGAAGGAACUCGCAAUGCUGCUAAAACAGCGCCUCGCGGCAUUAUCAUUUGCGUUAUUGGAGCAAUUGUUCAAGGCUUUGCGCUUAUUAUUUCGACAUUAUUCUCUAUUCAAGAUGUUGAUGAGCUUAUCACAACUGAUAUGCCAAUCGCAGCUUUCUUUUUACGUGCCACGAGAAGCCCAGCUGUAACGGCCUUCUUUUUAGUAAUUUUAUUAGUCGCGCAAAUUGGAUCCCUUUGUAAUUCUAUAUUAGCGGGAGCUACCUUUAUGUGGAGUCUUGCAAGAGAUGGUGUCUUACCUGGCUCUAAGUUCCUGUAUAAGAUUUCGGGGAAGCGAAAUAUUCCUACAAACUGCUUGAUAGUGCAGCUUGUGAUUUGUAUCCUCAUCAUUUUGCCGUCUUUUGGCUCUAUUGUUUACUGGCAAGCUAUCAUGAGCACAGCUGUCAUUGCGGUCAACAUUUCUUACGGUCUUCCUCUUUUAUGCCGCUUGAUCUGGACAAGAAACAAUAUGCCGAAAGGUCCAUUCCAUCUUGGAAGACUUGGUUUAAUACUCAACGCUAUCAGUAUUGUCUGGGUCACUUUCUUCGGUGUAAUUCUCUGUAUUCCAUCUAUGUCCCCUAUAACUCCUGAGACAAUGAAUUGGUCAUCUCUGAUGAUAGGUGCUGUUAUGUGUUUCUCUGUUUUCUUUUGGCUGAUUUCAGGUCGACACAAUUUUAAGGGCAUGACUCAAACCGUCGAGAAGUAG